CAUACAGUAUGUAAUAUACGGUAAAGCUGCGUUGCAUUACGAACGAGCGACAGCGUCGCUCGUGUACGGAAUUCUAUUGUUGUCACUGCGGGCACACUCCCGUCCAUGCAGACACAACACCAUACCCCAUACCAUUAUAAAUGACUCAGACAGUUGUUCGAUGAGCAGUCAAGUUGUUUUUCGUACCAUGACACGAGCCCGAAAAGGCGGAGGGAUGGAUUUCUUAGAACCAGAUAAUGGUUCCCGAAUCCUAGAGAAGUUAAGGAUGCAGAGGGCAGACGAGAAAUACUGUGACAUUGUUUUAAAUGUAGAGGGAAAAGUGUUCAAGGCCCACCGGAAUGUUUUGGCUGCGUGUAGCCCGUACUUCGAUACUAUGUGCAAUAGCGGGCUGGAGGAAGAUAAAGUGGAUACAGCCGUGGCGACCAUCGAAUGUACAUCAGCUGAAGCAAUGGAUGAGAUUUUGAACUACAUGUAUACAGGGAAAAUCUCAAUCAAUGCCAACAAUGUUGAGUCUAUUUUAAGAGGGGCAGACCCUUUCCUGAUGACUGCUUUGAAGGAAUAUUGCUAUCAAUUCAUGUGGCAGAAUAUGGAUGCCUCCAACGUACUGGCAGUGAGGCAGUUAUCCGACUUGUAUGGCUUUGCAGAUUUGUUCAGCCGUUCACAACAGUUCAUUCGAAAUCAGUUUAUGCAGGUUAUUCAACAUUCCAUGGAAGAUGUCCUCAGGCUCAGCUAUGAAGAUAUCCUUGAACUCAUCACUGAUGAAAAAAUCAGGGUAGAAAAGGAAGAGUGUAUCUAUGACAUUGUCGUCCAGUGGGUGAAAUUUGAUAUUGCGUUCCGAAAGCCUCUGUUUCCCCGGUUGUUAUCUCAUGUGCGUAUGCCACAUCUUGGACGGGAUUUUCUCAUUACUCAUGUUGAGAAGGAAGAACUUGUUUCCGCCUUUGAUGAGUGCAGGAACAUGUUGGCUGAAGCAAAACAUCAGACAGAUACUACGAGACGAAGUUACUGCAGCGACAGCCCUGUCUUGAAGCCUCGUAAGGGACGUCUGACGGAUGUUGUCGUCAUGAUUGGCGGUGUAUCAGAGCAGGGACCUUUGGCAGAUUGCUUUGCCUACCUCAUCGAUGAAAACCGGUGGAGCUCACUCCCGCCCCUUCCCAACGAGCUUCGAUUCCAUGCAACAACCAUAUUGAACAACUGUAUGUAUGUGGCAGGUGGAACGAGCAACCAGCUUACAACGAGCAAGGUGCAUUGCUAUGACCCCAUCAACAACUCUUGGAAUGAAGUGGCCUAUCUGCAAACCCCUCGUGAAUACCUCUCUCUUGUGCCUUGUGAUGGUCAUCUCUAUGCUCUCGGUGGACUGCGCUGGGAUCGUGUCCAGCAAAGUGUUGAACGUUAUGAUCCCGAUGCUGACAAGUGGUGUUGCGUCUCACAAAUGCCAACAAAGCGGUACAACAUGCAAGUCGUGUCGGUUGGUAACAGGUACAUUUAUGCCAUUGCUGGGAGGGACUCGUCACGCAGACCUACUCCUAUCGUUGAACGCUAUGACACAAAGACCGAUGAGUGGACUUCUGUGGCAUCCAUUCCGACCAAGGAUGGCCUCUGGGAAUGUCCUGUUGUGGAAGUCUACCAAGGCCAAAUAUAUGUCACAGACCUGUCAACCAAAGCAUACAGACUGAAUGUAGAGCGCAAUGCUUGGGUCGAGGCCCAAUGCAAGUUUGCACGGAUACCAGAGAGAACUUGUUUCCAAUACUGUGCCAUUAACCGCAACGUCUUUAUCUUUGGUGGAUGGGGCAGUGAGAGGUCCAACAACUCGCCCAUCUCCGAUGCCUGUAUAUUCAACCAGGAGCUGGGCUUGUGGAGUAAUAUAGCUCCACCUCCUGCCUCCACCUUAGCCUCUGCAUGCUGCUUUCUCCAGGUGCCCUAUGAAUUCCUAUCGGAGAACGGAACAUGAUGAUUACAUUCCACAAAUCAAGUCUUUUUAAAGGAUUGCUUACAGCCACCAUAAGUUGGUAAGUAUUUCACUUUAACCCCCUCCUCUCUCUCUCUUUCCCUCUGCAUUAUAUUGUGUGGGUAUACCCCAUCCCAGAAAUCUUUCUCUCUACACAAAUCUCUCUUUCACGUCCUUAUGUCUUGUCUGUCACUUCUCUCUGGUAGACCGAUUUCUCUC